CAUCAGAGAGGAGAAAGGGUUCUCAUUAAGCAUUCCAUGAUUGCUAUAUUAGUGAACUCCGUACUUUGGGUAAACAUUGCAUCCACAUACCAGGCAAGUCCAAUUCUCGCUAGAAUACAUAUCGCCCAGUGGAGGUGAUGGCGAAGAUGAAGAUUGCCACGGUGAUGCUUGUAUUCCUCUCGACUGCAGUAACUUUCUUCGUCUCCGAAGUUGAAGCCUCGAAGUUUUGGGAUGAUUUCUACGUCAACUUUGGUGACUGGAACGUGGACUACCGCACCGCUGAUGCUGAUAGUGGGAAUAUAGUGGUGAACCUUGGACUUGACAACACGAGUGGAUCUGGAUUCAGAUCCAAGUACCCAUUCCUGUACGGCCAUAUUGGCAUGAAGCUGAAGCUAGUGGGUGGAAACUCGGCAGGUACCGUCACGUCAUACUAUCUUGCCUCGGUGUUCGAAAAAUGGUGUGAGUUGGACUUCGAGUUUCUCGGAAACGUCAGUGGAGAACCAUACAUCCUUCAAACGAACGUUUUCGCUGAGGGCAAAGGUGACCGAGAGCAGCGCAUCUACCUCUGGUUCGAUCCCACAGAAGACUACCACUACUACGGCAUUUUGUGGAACCAGAAUCUGAUCUUAUUUAUGGUCGAUGACGUGGUCAUCCGAGUGUUUCACAACAGCAAGGAUCUGGGAAUCCCGUACCUGGAGUACCAGCCCAUGUACGUCUACUCCAGCAUCUGGAACGGAGAACAAUGGGCAACUCGCGGGGGAGCAGACAAGACCGACUGGUCUCUGCAGCCAUUCAUCGCGUCGUAUAAGGACUUUGACGUGGAUUCGUGCGCAGUUCACAGCGAAGGCAACGACAAGGAUGACUCGCACAGAUGUUACAACAAGUUGUACAGCAGCUGGUAUGGAGGUGCCGAUGCCGGAAAGCUGACGAACAAACAGAUCGACGACUUGAAGCGCAUCCAGUACAAUUACGUGAUCUACGACUACUGCACGGAUGCUGAACGCUUCGACGAGACACCCAAGGAGUGCUCCAGGAACUGGCCUCAGACCUACCCAGCGUGAGCACACAACUGCAUGAUAGGAAUUCGCCUUCAGUAACGUCAUAUCUGGUUGGAAGCAUUCAGUGAACUUCUAAUGUAGCUUUCUUUCAAAGGUUAGAAGCUUUCUGUAGCUACAGAAAUCAGUGCAACAAUCUUGUGGCAUGGGUUUCAACGAAAUUGAGGAUGUACGGUCACUCGCUCCUUA